UUUUUUUUAUUAUUAUUCCUUCCUCUUCACCAACCUCCAAGAUUUUUUUUAGCAGUCAGAAUGUCACAAGGAGACGAAAGAACGGCUUACUUCGCGUCUUUAUGUGAAGAAUUGUAUAACCCCAAGUCACCAGAAGAACGUAAUCAAGUACAGAAAAUUCUUGAACAUUCGUUUCCUACCUUUACAGAAUCCAAUGGUUUACCUCCACCCGGCAUGGAGAAUCAGCCGUCGUUUGCCAUUAAUUCCCCAACAGAUACCGCCUCAGCUCUUCGUGUUUUGCUAGAGUCUUCACCAAGUCCCUACGUCCAAACAUUUGCAUUGUCCAGACUAAAGCAAUUAGUACAAGCUCAAUUUGCUCUGUUUAGCCAGGAAUCUAAAAUUGGAUUGCGCUCCUUUCUUUUGGAGUACGCGUUUAUGCAUCCUGAUUUGAUGCCUUUUAUUAUUACACAAUUGGCGGGCGUUUUAGCAGCAAUUACUUUAUUAGGCUGGGCCGACGUGGAGCAAUAUAAAGAUGUCCAUAAAGACAUUUUACAAUUUAUCCAAGCUUCCGUCGAUCAUCGUAUUGUAGGUCUUCAAAUACUGUCCAUCAUGGUGCAGGACAUCAAUCCACCUAGUUUUGCAAGAAGUGCAUCAAAGUUUAGAAAAGCAGCUGGUGAAUUCCGUGAUAACCAGUUACUAGAUGUAUGCGAAACUGGAUUCAACACGUUGGAAGAAUUAGUGCAACACGGGAUUGUUUUCACUAGUCCAAACCAAGAACAGCGAUUACAGGAAGCGACUUUGAACUUGUUGGUAAAGUGUUUAUCUUAUGACUUUAACGGAACGAGCGUCGAUGAAUCCGGAGAAGAUAUCGGAAUUAUUCAGAUCCCCGGAUCUUGGAGAGCUUUAUUUGAAAAACCCGAAUUUUUAAACGUAUUCUUUAAAGCAUAUGCCGAAUUUCCUCCACCUCAUUCAUCCAAAGUCAUGGAGUGUAUGGUUCUGAUUGCAUCUGUUCGUAAAACAUUGUUUAAUGAUGGAGAAGAACGCUCCAAGUUUGUUGUCAAGGUGAUGCACGGUAUCCGAGAAAUCAUUUUGACGUCACAGGGGUUAAAUGAUACAGACAACUAUAAUGAAUUCUGCAGACUCCUGUACCGUUUCCGUGCCACCGUUCCUUUGAAUGAAAUGGUCGAAAAGCCUGGAUAUUUGGAUUGGAUUGAAUUGAUUGCCGAUUUCUCCCUCAAGGCAUUCCAAUCAUGGAAAUUUGCACCCAAUACAAGUAUGUAUGUCUUGGGCUUUUGGGCACGUAUUGUUCAAAGUAUGACCUAUUAUCAGCAAUUGGGUGAAGCCGCAGUUGAGAAAUUGGGAAACAUUACCAUUGAGUUGACUCGUUCUUACAUUUCCACGUCUAUUGACUCAGUCCCUGUUCGUAUUGAUGAAGGAUUAGAUGAUCCUUUAGAGAAUGAAGAAUCCAUCAUUGAGACCCUCAAUAUGCUUGGUCAGAUUGCUCAUUGUAAAUACGAAGCCUCCAGUACCGCUCUGCUCAACUUAUUUGAUCCCAUUACUAUCGAAUAUCAGAAUUUGAUUACACAAGCUAGUACGCCGGAGAGUUUCAGAGAAGCUUUGGAAAUCAUUGAAACGAAAUUUGCUUGGCUUGUUUAUAUUAUGGCGUCAUUUGUUGGCAACCGAUCGGCCUUUUUAAAUUCAGAGGAUUUGGAUAGAAUUGAUAGUGAAAUUACCACCAAAGUACUUCAACUCAUGGAUGUUCAGCAGUCUUUGCAAAAUCAGCACGGCACUACAUUUAUGAAUGAAAAGCUUGAUUUGGCAUUCAUUUAUUUCUUCCAGCAAUUUAAAAAGUCUUACAUGAGCGAAUCCAAUGGUAGAGAUAUUUAUUCCAAGUUAUCAACCGUGUUUGGUAUCAGCGAUCAAGUUCUCAUGUUGGAUGUAAUCAUGCGUAAAAUUGUUUCCAACCUGCAAUAUUGGGCCAAUAAUGAACAACUCAUUCGCCGCACUUUGGAGCUUUUCAAUGAAUUAGCCACCGGUUACGGUGCAUCGAAGAAUCUUCGCAAGAUUGAAACGACUCGAUUAAUUCUUCAAAAUCAUAUGGCAAGUCAAUUUGCAUUCUGUCAAAACGAAAAGCAAAGCGAAAACAGAAUAUUGUACUUUCAAGUUCUCUGUAAACUUUUGUUUGCAGACGAUAAUGUGGAUGAAAGAACCUUUUACGAAUUUAUGAAACCCUUUGAUAUGCGUAUUAGUAAUUUAGGUCCGUUAGAUAGCGUAGAGGCGUUUAGACAAGAAACUACUAGACGGGCCUUGCGUGAUGUUUUUGUAGACUUGUGUGGAUUUAUCUCUCCUAUGCAAACACGUCGUCAUUUUGUAUUAUUUUUUGAUUGGUUUUAUUCCGAAUAUUCAUCCAUCCUCUUGCGUGCUGUCGAAGCUUGGUCGCCCGAUCCCAUUGUCAACUCUUUACUCACGUUUUACUCGGAGUUUGUACAUAAUAAGAGUCAAAGACUUGGGUUUGAGGUUUCUUCUGCCAAUGGUAUCUUAAUGUUUAGAGAUGCCAGUCAAAUCGUUUGCUCAUUUGGUCAUCAAAUUCUCAAGCAGCAAAUUGUAGACGACAACCAAAAGUACGAGUAUAAGUACAAGGGAAUUUCCCAAUGCUUCAGUAUCAUGUCAAAAUGUUUAGGUGGCCGAUACAUCAAUUUUGGUGUUCUUUGGUUGUACCAAGAUAAAGCCAUCAAUGAAGCACUUGAUAUGAUUAUUCAACUCAUGCUUGAUAUCCCUAUUGAUGAUCUCCUGAGCUUUCCCAAAUUGUCAUUAUCAUUUUUCCACUUGUUAGACGAAUUAUCUCGUGAACAGCUCAUGGCUAUGCCUAGUAUUUCUCCUGAUGCGUUCUUGUACCUUAUGCAAGCUUGUGAGCAAGGUGUCGAAUCUAGUGAUAGCUUGAUUCGUGCCCAUGCAUGUUCAUCCAUCUAUAACAUUUGUAGUUACGUAAUCAAGGAGACAGAAAAGGCAGAAAGAGAAGCUAGUUCCAGCUCAAGUGAUCAACUGUCCCGAAGAAGAUCUUCUGUUGUUUCUCCUUCUAACCAAAUUUCGGGUACUCAUUGGAUCAUGAGCUAUUUCCGCCAAUAUCAACAGACAUUACCUACUCUGUUAUCAACUGUGUUUGGUUUGGUUUUGUUUGAUGAUAAUAGCGAUCAAUGGUCUUUAUCUCGACCAUUGUACGCAUUGAUGAUACUUCAAAGAGAAUAUGCCAUCAAAUAUACAAGUGCUGUCAUUGAUCAACAGCUCCCCGAAAGAAGACCAUUUGUUACUACCUCGUUGAACAAUUUAUUGGAUGGCGUCGGAUGGACAUUGUCACCAAAGGACAGAGAAAGGUUCACUCAGAAUGUAUCGUCAUUUAGAAGAUUGUUGAAUUUAAACAGCGUGGCACUUGUACCUCUUGCCACCCCUCCUGCUUACUACUAAAACUAUCAGCAGCAACACCAACCAAAAGCAUACACAAAAUAAAGUCAUUAGAAAAUAAGUAAACACAAUUUUUUUUUAAUUGUUUCGCAAGGAUUGGUUUUAUUUCCCUAACAUAAACACAAAGUGAAGAG